AUGUCUUUGGAAAUUCGUUCAAUUGGAGAAGUUGUCAGCUAUCAAACCACUCCUCGAACUGAAUUUGUGGUCGGCACAGGAAUCGUUAAAUCAAAAACAAACGAAGACGAAAAUAUUACAUUUAACAUCACUCAAUUUGUUCCAAUCGAUGCCGAAGCACCCUGUUAUGUCGUAUCGUUAGCUCCCAAAGACGUUAUCUACUUCCACGGGACUGUUACAAAUAUAGAUUCAACAACACAAACAAUGAAUAUUACCUGCUCUCACUCGAGAAAGAUUUCCCUAAAUUCAUCAUCAAUCCCUCACGAUUUUACUUACGUUACAGCAAUUGGUACAAUUUCUGGGAAACCGAAUAUUACAGAAACGACCGUUUCUUUCGAUGUGAGUCUUUCUCAAUAUGUUAAAACUAAUACAGGGG